CAACUCGUUCAAGAAAACUAGUAAAACAAGCAGGCAUUUAAUGGAGCAUCGAUAAAUGACAGCCAUCAAGCGGAACGACCUUUGGAGGUGGAGUAGUCUGUAAACAAAUUGACAUGCUAAAAUUUGCGGCAAGAGGCAUAAUUACAAAGGUCACAGCAUGGAGGUGCUUACAACAGCAGACUUUCAGGUCACAUAAAUUCUCCACAAACUCCCAUGUCUUUUUUCAUCCCCCUUCAUUACCACACAGAUGGAACCCUAAAAGCGACUUUUUGAGUACCAGACCCAUCACCUGGGGGCUGUCACGCCUCUGUCAUGACAGAGCAGUGGAAGAAAAUCCUCAAGGAGAUGAAAGAAACAGUUUCAGUCUAAAAGCUCUUUUCCAAAGUCCCAAACCAGCCUUGUAUCUUGGUUUCUCUGGACUCAUACCCUUUCUGGCACCCCCAGUUUUAAUGGCAGCCACAAAUACCUUCUACCCUGAAGUUGCUUUUGCUCAGAUGGUUUACGGAGCAUCCAUUGUCUCAUUUCUUGGCGGUGCACGUUGGGGUUUUGCUCUCCCUCAAGGUAGUCCUGCUCUGCCUGAUUGGAAAAACCUGGGAAAUAGUGUGGUGCCAUCACUUCUGGCCUGGAUGGCAUUACUCUGUAGAGACAACAUUGCAGAAGGAGUUUUGGUUGUCAUCAUGGGACUAGGUCUGUCUCUGCACUAUGACCUUACCCUCCUGCCUGAAUACCCUGCCUGGUUCAAAGCACUGCGGACUAUCCUAACUUUGGUGGCUACUUUCUCACUUGUGGCUACACUUGCUCUUAAAAAUAUAUAUUUUGAAAAAGUGAAACAAUAAACAAUUUUUAAA